AUGGCAUCAUCACUUACUGAAGUAGAGAUCAGGCUGCGAAAGGUGGUCUCCAACAUCUCUGUGGAGAUAGAAAAAUAUAGCAAGGAAUUAGAGACCAUUGGCAUAGUCAAUGAAGUCGAGCAAGCUGAAUGCAAAUGCUGUGGCCUCAAAGAGGACUGCACCCCGGCCUACAUCGUAGAAGUUCAAGAAUAUUAUUCAGGAAAUUGGGUAUGCGGCCUUUGUUCCGAAGCUGUAAAAGAAAGGCUAAUUCGAGCUCCAAAAACAUCCACCGGAGACGCGGUUGCCUCUCACAGGGAGUUUUUCCAGAAAUUCAACAAUACAGCCAGGCUCAACCCGAACCUCUCAUUGGCAUGCAAACUGAGAGAUAUAGCGAAAAGAAGUUGUGAAAACAGGAGCUCCAAGAACUCGUCAAUGACAAAGUUAGCCCGAAGCACGAGCUGUUUUCCAAAGAUUGAUCUUAGAGACUAA